AAAUAAAUGGCGGAAAGACAUGAGAAAGCAAUCAUGGAUAGAGAAAAUAUCCUAACAGAAAUUGCUGGAAUGAAACAAGAGAUGAGCUCAUGGAAGGAUCUUCUGUUCAACCUCCAAGAGUCCUUCAAUAUUAUCUGUGAUGAGGUUAUGGAGCAAAGGAAGCAAGUGAGAGCUCCUCAGACAGCCCCUGAUCCAGCAGGCUACACUGCAACAUUCAGUCCUUAUCCCAACCAAGCUCCUCAAGAAGUUCCCCAAGAAUGCAAAUACGAAGGUCCUUAUAAAAAUGGUCAUGAUCCAAGCCAGGCUCAAGUUCCAGUAAUCGAACAGACAUUAGAGAAAAAAGCAGAGUCAAGACCUGGAAGUGAACUCAAGAUUGUAUCAAGCGAGUACCAACUUGAUGGGUCCAUGAUCCUUCAUGACUCGAAGGCUGAGGUAGAUCUGCAAGGGAUAAAUGAUGACAAGGAAAGAUCUUAUAUGGAUCAGUCCCAACAGCCUGCCAAAAGUUCUCAAUUUGAUUCCAAGGUGUUCUCAAUUUCUCCUGAAAUGGAAUCUUGCUAUAGUCAAAAAUCUAAUGUUGACUUUAAAGAAAAUGUUAACAAUCAAGCUAAUCGUCCUCAGCACUUAAGAGGCUCUAAAUCAAGUGGCUUUAUUAAGCGUCAGAAGCCAAAAAUUCUUCAAAAUACCCCACAAAAUAUUGAAAAUUCUCCUCAAAACCAAACAGAAUUAAUUAAAACUGGUAAAAUUUCCACCUCAAAGGACGAAGAAUAUAAGGAGAAAAUAAUGUCAAUGUACAGUAGCAAUCAGGUAUCUAAAAAGGACAUCCUAGACAAUAUUCUUGAAGUUGAAAAAGAGGACUCCGGGCCUGACAAUCUACGUAUAAUUGCUUACAAGCUGAAGAAGAAGCUUGAAGAAAAGGCAGAAAAACUUAAAUCCCUUCGCCUAUCCCAACAAUUUGGCUCUAACCCAGAUUUUAAAGAGGAGGAUUAUUCCAGAGAAGAUUAUUCUAAAGAGGAAUAUUCAAGACAAGAUUACUCAAGAGAUAACUAUACGGGUGAAAGCUACUCCAAGCAAGACUACUCCAAACAAGAUUACUCCAGAGAAGAUUAUACCCAAGACGAUAGAGUUUAUACAGGUGAAUAUGACUCUUAUGAAGAAGAGGAGGAAGAAGCAGACUCCUCUAUCGACAGAGACCUUGAAGAGAAAUAUUUCAACCAUAGCCUAUCAGAUAUUUAUACCAGCCAGGCAUCUUAUCGAAGGUAAUUUUCAAUUCCAAGCUCAAA